GGUAAGCCUUGUUCAUUAUUAUAAUUUUUUUUUUUAUUAUUAUGAUGAGUUUACGUCUUUCUCGAUCUCUUUUACAACCCAAUUACAUCCAAAACAGAUUUGCAUUUACUUUUCAACAUGCAUGGAUAAGUGAACCUGUCACUCGCAACACUUUUCAAAUACCCAUCUGGUUAGAAUCCAUUCUCUGGGCUGCACCUAAGAAGAAGACUUCUCACUCCAAGAAACGUAUGCGUGCUUCUAACAAGGGAUUACAACAGAAGGAGAAUGUGACUGCAUGUCCUGCUUGUGGCAACAACAAGCUUUUGCAUCACUUGUGUGGCCAUUGCUACAGUGAUAUUAAAAAGAAGGCUAAAUUGGCUGUGGAUGCUUAAGACAAUUCAAAUGUGUAAAUAAUAAUAAAUUAGACGAUGAGCU